AUGGAUCAACUCAAGCAGCGCCUCUUCGGGCCGCCCGAAACGUCCUCAGCGCUCGACACGCUGCAAAGCUUGGCCGAGUCCAUCUACACGAAUCCGCUCAACAUCGCCCUCUUCCUCGCCGUGCUCUACGUCGUCGUGCCGCUCAUUCGACCGCCUUCGCCCAACUCAUCCCGCUGGACGCCCACCGUGGCUGAGGCGCGCUCCCAUCAGUCCGCACCUUCCGAUCGCUACACUUACCUGCCCCCCAACCAUCCCGACACUGUCGAGUGGACAAAGUAUACGCCGCGCACGCUCGCGGUUUACGACGGCACAGGCACCAGCGCCUCGGAGCAGGACGGCUCGCGCAUCCUCCUUGCCAUCAAUCGAAAGGUCUUCGACGUCACCAAGGGCAAGAACUUCUACGGGCCCGGCGGUCCGUACGGCAACUUUGCCGGCAGAGAUGCUAGCAGAGGCAUGGCAAAGCAGAGCUUCGACCUCGAGAUGCUCACGCCCCUCGACAAGCCCAUCGACCAGCUCCAAGACCUCACUCCGAGCGAAGUCAAAAACAUGAAGGAGUGGGAAUCCCACUUCACCGGCAAGUACGGCGUCGUCGGUGAGCUCAUUGACGAGGCGGAAGCAUGA